AUGGAACAUAACAGGAACAACUCGACUCAAGAUAGCGAGAUGUACGGAGAUGAAGGGUAUGAUAUACAGGUACUAGAAAGGCCAUUUCAUUUAGAAGACUGGUUCUCCCUGAAAUACACUGUUCCAUUAUACAGUUACAUCGCACCGGUGUUGGUUCUUCUCACGGUUGUCUCCAACACAUUAGUUUUAACAGUUUUGCUGAAAAAGCACAUACGGUCGCCUACAAACGUCAUACUGGCUGGAAUAGCUUUCAGUGAUAUGCUGACGGGUGUUAUACCAUUACCGGUAUAUAUAUACUUCUUUUCGAUGGGUCAUUACAAACAUUUGGUGCCUUUUGGAUGGUGUGUUCCACUCAGAAUGCUUUACGCUAUUAUUCCCACAAUUUUUCACACAGCAUCAAUCUGGUUGACGGUUGUACUUGCUGCCCAGAGAUAUAUUUGCAUUUGCUAUUCGCAGCAAGGAAGGACGUGGUGUACAAUUGCAAACAUGAUCAGAGCUACAGUGAUUGUAUACAUAGUAGCUUUUCUAUCACAGCUCACAAAAUUUGUCGAUUUUUAUAUGGUCCCAAUUCCUAUACAAAAUUAUACGAAUCCAGAUGGAAAUUUUGAAGGAUGUUCAUUCCAUGUACGAACAUGGGUGUUGAAUAACUAUGUUGUGUAUCAAAAUACAUAUUUCUGGUUUAGAAUAAUAUGUAUCCAUCUUGUACCGUGCACAGCGCUGGUGAUACUCAAUGGUCUGUUGAUAGCUGCUAUGCAGAAGGCAAAAAGGAUCCGCAUAAAACUUCUGAAACCGGAAAGAGAGUCACAAAAACUAAUGGAAAGAAACAGUUCAACAUUGAUGCUUGUUGCAGUUAUCGGUAUCUUUUUGUUAGUUGAGUUUUCGCUUGUAACAACUCGACUCAAGAUAGCGAGAUGUACGGAGAUGAAGGGUAUGAUAUACAGGUACUAG